ACAUUAACAUUCAGUUCAGUUAAAGUUUAAGUUGAAGUGAGAGCUAAAAAAUGUUGAAGAAUAUUUUCUUAUUUUCCGCUAUUGUCAGCCUUGCUUUAGGCUUCACCAUCAGCGAAGGAAUAAGUCCAAGAGAAGAAAGUGGUUUUGAAAUCUUCUCUAGAUUAUGCGUCACAAUGCUUCCUGAACAUGGUGGCGGCCCAAGACAGCCCCCACCCUUCCCAGUUGCUAUUGAAAUGGUUCCUGACCUUCCAACAUAUCAACGUGGUCAACAAGUGCAAAUAACAUUGAGAGGCAACCCAGGAUUUAUGUUCACUGGAUUCUUGGUUCAAUGCAGAAUUCCUGGCCAAACCACACCUCAUGGAAGAUGGACAGCAGGCCCAACAGGAGUAGCAGUUGGUUGUGCCAACCCACAACCUGACUUCUCUGGCGAUGACACAGCUGCCCAUCAAAUUGGCUCAGUAAGAAACAUUCAAACUCUCGUCUUCGAAAUGCCACAACAACCCGGACUUUACAGAUUGGAAAUGACGACUGUUGAAACAUUUGGAAUUUAUUGGAUGGAUCAAUUUUCUCCAUUGUUUAAUGUUGUUUGAAAUCUUUUUAUGAUUUCUAAUCAAGUUUUGUGUUUUUUUCAAUAAAUUGUGACAAAUUGUUAUCGAAGGUCAUAAAUUUAGAUUUGCCAGUGUAGAUUUUUUUUGUAAAUAUUCAAAACGC